AUGGCAGCACCGUUUCGUGUUAUAUAUUUCCCUUCCACCGUUCUUCACCUCUCUUACAGUUAUACCCAUCAAUUUUUAUGCCCCUCACAGGCACGUCAUCCUAACAGCACUUCUCUUCUCUCACUCUCCACAUCCCAUCUUCUCUCACAAACUAUACAUUCCAAAAGACCCAAUUUUUAUCUGUUUCACUUGGCCUCUUCAGCUCAAGCCCAUCCCAUUGUUCAAGAAUUUACCCCAGAAGAGCAAGAAUCGGAAAUGGUACGAGUUGUUGAUGUUUCUAAUACAAGAUUGCUCGCGCAGAAUGUUCCAUGGACUUGCACUGCUGAUGACCUUCGUCCUCUGUUUGAGCAGUAUGGUACCGUUGUUGAGAUUGAGCUUUCAAUGUAUGACAAGACCAGAAACAGGGGCCUAGCUUUUGUAACAAUGGGUUCACAUGAAGAAGCUUUGGCUGUUAUUACCCAUCUCGAAUCUUAUGAAUUUGAGGGUAGAGUUUUGAAGCUUAAUUGGGCUAAGCCAAAGAAGAGUAACCCUUCUACGCCACCAACACCGAAGCCAAUGCCUGUACAUAAUCUUUUUGUUGCGAAUUUGCCAUUUCAAGCUAGGGCCAAGGACCUCAAGGAUUUCUUUAAUGCUGAUAAUGGAAAUGUUGUUUCUGCUGAAAUUAUCUUCAUUGAUAAUCCAAGGCGGUCGGCUGGGUACGGCUUUGUUUCCUUCAACACCAAGGUGGAGGCGGAGUCAGCACUUCUGGCUUUUCAAGGGAAGGAGUUUAUGGGGAGACCAAUUCGAGUAGCACGAAGUAGAAGAUUUUUGAGACAACUUACAAAGGCGAAUAUUCAAUCUGGCAAUGCUAAAAUUGUGUCGAAUUCUGCUGAGUAG